AUGCUCAACUUUGUUGAAGUGUUUCCUUAUAAUUUCUCGUCAUCAACUUCACUGACUGCAGCUUCUUUCAAUCUGUCACUGAAUUUGAUGAAGGAUAACUCUAAUACCACUUACAGUGAUUAUAACAAUAGCCACAACCAAUUAGAGGAUGAUACGGAGCUUGAGUUGGUUGGAAAAAACCCUAAAUGCAGCUCUCACGAAGCGGUGGUGGAUGAUGUUCCUCCGACUAGCAGUGGCUUUGGUAACAGUACCAGGAGCCAAGUCGAUAUUAUUGAUGAUGGUUAUAGAUGGAGGAAAUACGGUCAAAAGGCCGUCAAAAACAGCAAAUUCCCCAGAAGCUAUUACCGUUGUACCUACCAAGAUUGCAACGUGAAAAAACAGGUCCAAAGGCUAUCAAAAGACGAAGGAGUUGUUGUGACCACUUACGAAGGAACCCAUUCACAUCCGAUCGAGAAAUCUACUGAUAAUUUUGAGCAUAUUUUGACUCAAAUGCAAAUCUACUCUUCUUGUUAACUGGAUUGUGAAUAUAGAUAAAUCCCAAAAUUUAGCUCGUUUUUAAUGAGUAGUUUCAGAAUUGCUUCAAUUGUGUAAUACUUUGUGUUUAAGUUGCGUAACAUGUGCAUUUUAUAUCUUUAUUUGAUAAGUUAAAUCAAUUUAUUUAAUUAAAUAACAUUAUUCCCUUAUGAUAUACGAUUGUUCUAAUAAUAUAUGUAAUUUUCCCAGAAUUGUUAUGUUGUUUAUGAUAAUUCGCUGUUAAGCAAAUUAGGAACGUCUUGGCCGAAAAGACAGCUAGAAUAUAAGAUCAUGUUAUAUUGUUAUCACAGCAAGAAAAAACAGCAUUAGUGAAAGGCAAAAGAUACGUAAUAUCGCCGCUAAUGCAUCAUCUCCAAUCGCCGUUGUUCAGUGGCUAAGAUUAUGGAAGGUAGGAGGUGUUAAGGGAGGUGCUAAGGAUGUUACACCAUCAUCUACCUUGUGCUAAUGAGGGUGUUAAAGAAGAAGUUGUUAUGGGUCUAUGAGAGAAGAAAUGAAAGAGAAGCUAAUGAGGGUAUUAAAGAAGAAGUUGUUAUGGGUCUAUGAGAGAAGAAAUGAAAGAGAAAGUACGAAAAGUUGUUAAAAGAUUAGUUGAUUUG